GUUCAGUUCAGAAUCAUUCAUGUGUCAAUAGCGCUGAAUAGGUUAUAUGUUGAUUAUUGAAAAAUAUUUACAAACACUGCAUUUUAAUUGACACAACAAAUGUGAUGACUACUUCACGGAUAGUGAGGGGCACUAAAGCUCGGGUUUUUCUGUACAUUUGUGCUGUUCUUUUUAUUACUGGCUUAAUUGCCUGCUAUAAUAAUGUCAGAAUCCAAUUGGAUGAAACUCAUAAACUGUUCGAUCUGUGCAGACAGGAGCAAGAAAAUCUAUCCUCCCAAUUGCAAGUGAUAUAUGACUACAAGCAAAGGUUGGAAAAGUCUCUGAAAACAGAAAAAAAUGAUUACAAUCGCAUCAAAGCAGAAAUGGAAUUAAAAGUGAAUGAAGAAAAAUUGAAAGGGGACAAAACUAUUGAAGAAGCAAAAUUGAGAUUCUCAACACUUCAACAACAUUUCAAUCUGCUGCAGACUCAACAUGACGAUUUCAAGGAAGAAUCUAGUAAAAUACAAAAGGAACAGUUAGAUGAAAUAAAUAAUUUACAAGCUAAAUUGAAAGAAGUGAAGGAGCAGUUAAAACUUGCUGAAAAUGAGAAGGAAAAUUCUAUAAAUCAUUUAAAGACACAAAAUGAAUUGCUACAGAGAGAAAAAGAUAAAUUAUUGGAAUCAGCAAAGGACAAAUCCAGUAAACCUACAGCACGUACAGAAAUAACAACAACAGACUUUAAUAAGCUUGUAUCUAUUGGAGGUUCACAAUAUACAGUGGAAAAUUCAAAUAAAGCAAAAAAUGAUGUAAAUCAACUGUCAAAGGCUGUUCUUGCAAAACCAAGUUCUGCAGCUCCAUUUAAUACUAGCACCCCUGACAAUGCUGUUAUGCCACUGAAGUCUCCAACAGCAACGCCUGAGACCAAAAAAUUAACAUCAUCUGCAAAACCUCUGCCUCCUGGUGUAGUACCUGCACCUCACCAAAUUAUUGAAGACAUAAAGGAUACUAAUAGUAAAGAUCUGAAGGAAGGAAAUUUAUUGAAUGAAGAUAGGAUUGAAGUAUUUAACUCAAACAAUGAAAUGAAAAAAGUAAAUCAAGAAGUUGAUUUUGCAAUGGUUGAAAAUGAUGACUAUGACAAUGAAGAACCACAAGGAAACAUGGAUCUUCCUAUUAGAGAUUAAUAAAUUGAUUAAAUUGCUCA